CUUUUUUUCCACAAGCAGAAUCACUGCACCCUCUCGCGCACAACAAUGGCAAUCCCGAUACUAGCGGCAAACACAAGCACAUCUCUCAACACCGAUACACCAAAGCCGCCGAAAUUCAGUGCGAUGGACCUACCGGAAAUAAGGGACAUCGUAUUUCAGUACCUGGGUCGCAGGGAUCUCGCGAGGUGUACGCGGAUUAGCAAGUCAUGGCACGGACCGGCGAUGGCGAUGAUUUGGAAAUCUGUUGAGCUGAGCGGCGCGCAUCGGAGGAACCCACCCUUCGAGAUCCUUCAGCGCCAUUGCAAUCUAGUCAAGGCUUUUAGGAUAUCUCUCCGUUUUAUUGGCUGGACAGGUACCGAGUACUCCACGCUGAAUUUCCCCAAGCUCGAGAAAAUCACCAUGACUCUUUCGAAUGCCAGCUCAGCGGAUAUGUUGGAUCUAAUCCGUCGACACACGUGCCUGAUGCACCUGGCUCUGACAUAUCAAUGCACGCAUCGAACAUCGUUCCUCAAUGCCCCUCAGCUGUGGGAGGCAAUCGCAAGUUUGCCAAACCUGAGCACUCUCCAUAUCUGCGACGUUGAGGUCCUCAAUGCUACCGUCUCACUACCAAGACUACGAGAGCUACGCCUGCUGUACUCCGGAGGCACUCUCGAUAUCGCAAGCCAGCAACUGCAAUUCAUAAAUCGAUGCCCAGCCUUGGAGAUCCUGGAAUGGCAUCCAAACUGCACAGUCCGCUGGCUCGGUGACCCUGCCACUAAGAACUUUGUGAAGCUGGCUAAUGCCGGAGCCUGGCCCAAUCUGGAGUCGUUGAUCUUGGGUCGGGACAGUUUGGAUCUUUCAGACAGCAACAUCGCGUCCAUCUUGGCAGCCAUACCACGAGCAACCAUCCUUGGUCUGUCCGAUUCCAAAUUUGGUCCACUGUCCUUCGAGUCUCUCCGGGCACACUUUCCGAUCCUCAAGGAGCUCGAUCUUGAUGAUUGCCUGAAACAUUGUAUAGCGGUAACAGAAGAUCCUUAUCAGACAGCCAGAUGA